CCCAGCACCUCUCCAUGACUCUUUCAAAAGCAAUUCUCUUUUGAAAAGGCCUCGAGUUCACAGAAUCUGAUAACGCGUUCCCUGGUAGCUUCGAGCCCCCUAAAUUACCGUCUCCUCGGUACAUGAGUGCCAAUCCCUACCAUAAAGAGCUAGACCCCCCGAAACCGCCUGAUAUCGGAGCGAGAGAUUUAUCACAGUGAGACACCUAGACCCACCGAAUUCUUCCCUUCUUCCACUUCUCACUGUGAAAAAAACAUCAAGAUCAUCGCAUCGCACCUGAUUGAUAAGAAUUGGGUCCAAACAUGGCCUGUUUAUGCGGGUGCAUCAAUCAACUGAUUGAUAACUUUGAUCCGAAAACGGCCGCGGGUCUUGCGUCAGGUCUGAAUAAGCACCUCGAAGCGAUUAGGAGUAUCCUCGCUAGGAAUAAAUCCCUCGCCAAGGAGGUGAGGUAUCAGAUUAUCCCGAGUAAUCAGCGGACAGCAAAGAUUUUAUCGCUCCAUUCUAUUGAUCUUGUAAAGGCUGAGAGGUUGCACGGAGCUUUUAAAGAUGAUGUCAAGGGUUUUUGGGUGGCUUCUGGCGAUGCAUUACACCAAGAAUUACGACGACGAAUUGCGUGUAUUACGAUAUUCCUAAGAUCGAAAGUGGACGAUAAUGCUUGGGCGUCGCAUGAUGUCUCGAAUCUCAUUCAAGGACGCACGUUAUCGGAGCUGCGAUAUGCGGGCAGUAAGUACAUCAAGAUCGCCCGACGACUGGGAGGGAUUGGGUCGAUCCUCUGGCUGCCGCUAGAAAUACCGGCUUCGACAUAUGAACGGUACCUGAACAUGGAUGACGCCGAGGCCUUUGAUCAUAUUCAAAACCUUGGCUCUGACGCGCCAGACCUGAAUCUUUUCGUUCAGCGCCUCAUCACGGCUCAACUUGACGAUCCCUCGCUUGUCUUGUCACAUCGAAAUUUACUAUUGGAGUAUGGAGACUGCAUAUCACCCUCUGAACAGGGCCUUCUUCUUUUGCAUGCUCUUGGCGGCAACGACAUUCCACUCGAUCUGUUGAAAAGCGCCAAGAAUCCUAUGAGACGAUGGACCAAUGAAGGAGAGAUACAGAGUAUAACUGCCUCCGACUUCGGGUUCAAUGCUGAAAUCAUCGGGUUGCUGUCCAGUGAUGAGCGUCUAUCGGAAUUGAGUCAACAGCCGGAAGUUACUCAGCACGCUUUGGAAGAUGGCACCGUUGUUUGGUCUUUGCUGCCUGGGGCACAAAAAGAACUCUCUAACCGAUUGACACCGCAGACAAUGGAAGAUUGGGCGACGAUGGCGCUGAAGUUACUAUGUUUUGCAUGUCCUCCCUGCUAUGAAGGCAAAGUCAAUUGGGCACUGCCGCUCAAGAAGGCGAUAUGGAACCUUCUCGACAAAGCGACAAACCAGAAACGACUUCCCUCAUCACUUCGAGCAUGCGUCAUCGAAGCUCUCAUCUUCUUUUGCGAACGAGACCUCUUCUCAAUCCGGCAUGCUGCCGUCGAACGAGCAAAGUCACUCCUCCGCAAAAACAUGUCGUUCUACUACCAAGCCUCAGUAACUCUAUUCGACAGCAUAAUAUCACGCAUCGACGGAAACUUUCAGCGGUCGGAAGCUCUCAUCGUUGACUUUCUGGCAGCCGAUCAUGAAGGGAAUACACGAUCUGACAACGCGCUACGAGGACGACUGCACAUCUCGAAUAUUGAGAAUAAGAUACAUCGAUACGACAAAGAAGUUGCCUCGACUAUAUACAAUUGGGAAGGAAUACAUCCUCUUUCGACGUUUGAGAUUGAGGUCACGAGGAGGCUUCAAGGCGUGGCGGCCAAAUUCUUCCAUUCAAUUGGAGACUUUAAGACGACGAGGGCAUCUUUGGAACAGCAUCUUUGGCUAAACUCAACGAUGCCGAUAAGACAGAAUACUAGGUUGCUCAUUGUUACAAGACUGGCAGAGAUUCACUGCGAGUUGCAUGAGUAUGAGGAAGCGUUGGAGAUUAUCCAAGUCGAACUCGAUGGCAUGACUGCACGGAAAGGUCGUCCGUUCCGAAGAUUAUCCAUGGCCAGGGCAGAAGGCUACAUCGGCCUUGGCCGUCUUGACGAUGCCACCACUGUUCUUCAAGAGCUCAUAAGCGUUGAACCACCUGAACUAGAUGACCUUAAUGAUCAAGUCCUCCGCGUCCGCCGCCUCAUCCUCUCAGCGCGCAUCCACCACGAGGGACUCAACUUCCCUGAAGCUCUCCAACUAUGGCAACUCACAGGCCAAACAAUAGAAAGUCUAUCGAUAUUCAAGUCAAGACAUGGAUGGACGCUUGCUAUUGUUCAUUUAUCCAUGGCUCAUGUUCAUAUUGCUCUCGGUAAUGAGGAACUUGCACGACAGGCUUGGAAUGCUGGUGUAGAGAUUGCGAUGAGAGAGAAGUUUGAGUAUGUCUUUCCGGUUCUGGCGACGACGUGGUUGCAUAAGAUUGUGGGGGAGAUUCAUGAGGUUAAGGGUUGGCCUUUGAGGGUUAUGUUGCCGGGAGGGAAAUCGGAUCUGACUUGGCUGUAGGGCGAUGUUAAAACGUAUGAUGAUCUCUUGUGGCUUAUAAUCCAUGUCAGUAAUUCCAUCUAUAUUCUUUACAUACAGCGCCAUGAGUAAAAAAGAUGUGAUUUCGAACACACGACCUCUAAAAACGAAGGGUGGGCGGUGCAGGGAGAAAUUUUGGAGUUUAGGUUCGGACUUUAGAGAGUUAUAGGUUCUAGGAGAGAUACCACUGCACCACUCACCCUUCGAUGGGAAUAUACAG